GGGCGUGGUUUGUUUGCCCUCGCGGGGGCGGGGGCACGCGCUGGGCUCUCCCCCCGCGGCGGGCGCGUGUCACGUGAGGCGGGCAGCAUGGCGGCUCCCGCGGACGGCGCCGACCUGGAGGCCUCGCUGCUGAGCUUCGAGAAGCUGGACCGCGCCUCCCCGGAUCUGUGGCCCGAGCAGCUGCCCGGCGUUGCCGAGUUCGCCGCCUCCUUCAAAAGCCCUAUUACAAGUUCUCCUCCCAAGUGGAUGGCUGAAUUAGAAAAUGAUGAUAUUGAUAUGUUAAAAGAGCUGGGGAGCCUCACUACAGCUAACCUGAUGGAAAAAGUUCGUGGCCUGCAGAACCUGGCUUAUCAGCUGGGACUGGAUGAAUCUAGAGAAAUGACUCGAGGGAAAUUCCUGAACAUCCUAGAGAAACCCAAAAAAUAACUGCCGCAUCUGGAGUUUGGAUGAAAGUUCCCCAUUUGAUGUACUGUGGAUCCAGUUGAACCCCAGAACUUCCCAGAAGUACAAAGCGCUUGAUGUAGACCUUCAGAAGCAACAUCUCUUUUUGCUCCCACAACUCAUCUCUUCUCAGGGGAGAUGUGCUGCAUGCACAAAUUACAAGGACUGCAAUUGGUUGCCUCGGAAUUCAGACUUCAUCUGACUAUAAGAUGUCCAGUAGGAGGAUGUGGCCCUGACAUGCUGUGAUAAAGCUACCUUGUUUAAGCACCUGUUCAAAGUGAAUAGUCACAGUGUCCUUACUCAGUUGCCUGCAGUGGCAACACCUGUUUGAAGCACACGGCAGAUCUCAUACUGGCCAGAGCAGAUCAUGAAGCACUGACCCUUUUGUGUGCUUUUUUUUAACUUAGGUGCAUUGAUUUCCAAUGUGCAACUUCUCUGCUAAAAGACUUGAGCAAAUAUUGGGGUGCAGGUUCACAAAUAGCACUGGUUCAGCAGGAGCAUAUGCUUGUAGUGUAGAUGCUGAGUGCAGUCUGUGCAUUAAAUUCUAGGUGCUCACAGCCUCCAGAGAUGCAUGUCUGUAGGUCUAAGGAGGAAUCAGAUCUCUGGUGUACCAGGAGCUUCAUCUCACUGCUAAACAGUUCUCCAAUGAAGUCAACACUAACAGAUCAUAAGGGAGUGAGAGAUGUUACCCUAUCACAAAGGAAAAUAACCCUUAAGAAACUUCUGCCAGUACACAAAGAAACAGCUUCAUCACUGCAUGGCAAUUCUCUUCAUUCAGUUUCCAGCUCUGUAGGAAGCAGAAUGUUGCUAAUGUGAAAGAUGGUGAUCCCUUGCCUCCAAGAAGGGGCAACAGCAUUGUUAACCACGUUGUGAGGAUGCCUCUGCUUAAACAGAACCUUAAUAUUGCUGAAAAUAACAUUUUGUGGUAUUUUUACCUACUUACUGAACAGCAAGCAGGGAAUUUUCUUCCCCUAUAGAAGCAGAUUUUUUUAAGGCAGAAUAUUUUGUUGUUUAGUCUCUUUCGGCACACAGUUUUGGGCUCUAUUCAUCUACGUGUUCAUCCCUGAGAAAGAGGUAAGGAGCAGCAUGUUCAGACUUCUUUUAUUUAAGAGAAUAUUUUUUUUUUUUCAUUUCAUUCCCUUUUUCCUAGACAACAACAUCUUAAGCACUAGUAUGCUCUAUUUAGAGCAUAAUAUAACAUUGAAACAUUGGAUGAAGAGCAGGGCUUUUCCCUCUAUUUAGAAAUCUAAGCUUUUCAAAACUUGUGGCUUUCCAGGUUGCAGUCACACAUAUGAGAAGAGAAAUAAGUUGGAAACAGUACAUGUGACAAGCUGCCCUUAGAGCACUGCAUUUUUCUGUCUUCACAGAGAGAGGAGACUCUUUUUAGGUGUACAUAAAGAGGAUGAGAUUUUUUUUUUAAUCCAAUAGACUUCUCUGAGUUUUCACUAAAAUGCUGAUUGGUUUGCAGUUAGUGGUCUUGGUUAUUACUGGUCAGAACUAGGCUCACUUUGGACAGCUCCUGUUAACUAAGUGUAAGCAGUUAAAUCCCACAUCUCCACCUGUCACAAGCACAGAAUAUUUAGAAAUUUCAGAAGUUUGAUUUUAAAUUUAAUGGAUUUUUUUCUAUACUUUAGAGUUUAUGCAGGACUGAGCUUAACAGCACUGACAUCUCUUGAGAACAUGAGAGUCAAUACAGAUGCAUGUGAAGAGAAGCUGGAAGUGAUAAUUCAGAGACAGAGGGAAAAAAAAACUGCUGGUGCAAACUGAUAUUGAUGUAGCUUUAAGUAUUAAAUCAUACAUUUUGAAUGCAACUUUUAAGUUUGUAUACUAUAUGUGUAAUACAUACACAUAUAUGACAUAAUGGGAUACAUCUUUAUCACUGCUAUGAGUUUGUGCAUUUUAUAGAGGUUUGUUGGGCCAACACAUUAAAGAACUGAGAUCUGAGAGGAAGAGGAGCAUAAGAGAAGGUAUGGAAGUCUAUGUACAUUUUCUGAUCUGUUCAGUAAGGAAUGUUAAACUUUAGGUAGUUUUUAGUAACAUACAUGGGGGGGUUUUUGUUUUGUUUCAAACAAACAAAACUCCCAUGUAUGACCAAAAAAAAACCACCUUUUCACCAUACCAUAUGCAGUGCUUAUCAUCUGUAGGGCAGCCAGGUAACAUGCUUCAGAAUGUGUUAUUUAAUAGCUUUAUACUUGUCAUCUGUAGAGAUGGGUCAGUGAUAGUUGGGGUUUUUUAACUGGUCAUACUUACAUGUGUUUUUUGGUUCUUAGCCAGAGAAUUGUACUUUGUUACUGCUUUGUGGUUUGAUAAACAAAAGCAAAGCUCAGAGAUGCACAUGGGUUUCCAAGAUAGCCCUCUGAGAUGCAAAAGUGUUUUCUUAUUCACCUAGACAACAUUCUUUCACAGGCUCCUCUUCACACUUCUACCAUCACCUUCGGGUUUGGCCCGCGGAUGCUCCAUUGCUAUCAGUAAAUAAUUAUUUUGCAAUAUCCAAAGGAUUUUAAUAUCCUUUUGAACCCUGAUUUGUUUUCUUUCAGUUAUGUCCUUCUUGAUAUCCCUCCAGUGUCUACCUGUAGUAGAAAAUCUAGAUGACUUUUUGUUGCCAGUUAGCUUUCUGCAUUUUAAAAGAGAAAAAAAUAGCAAAGCUUUGUUAAAUGAUGGGAAUGAAGAGUAUAAGAAACUCAAGGUUUGAUAAUAUCGAUGAAGUUAAUGCAUUGCUCUAGAAAGUGUUUUCAUGUGUUGGUAUGUCAAAUGUUACCCUGAGGUCCUUGGAAAUAAGCCUAAUAUGUGAUUUUAUUUCCUUUAAGUGCCAGUGUUGUAUAUAUUCAGUUGUAAAGGCUGUUCACUGCAGUCUUGGAGUAUCAAAUGUUCUGCUGUUUAAUCCCACUGAAAGUAAAAUCUUGUUCAUGUUCAUUGUUAUCAAAAUAAAAGUCUAGUUGCAGUGGCAACAGAAUAA